CCGUGUGCUAGCAGUAUUUGUGGGCGUGUUGACGGAUAGCAGUUGCAGCUGACUCAAUACUUGCCAAACUGCGGACUGUCCAGCUCACUACUUCCGUGACGCCUGACACGCUGACUGAAGAUGUUUGCCAGAAAGUUAAUUGGUGGCCUGAUUAAUGUCAUCGGGAACAUCGACCCAGCCCAGUUUAUUCCCUCUGAUCCUCCUCCGCCCCGCAGACCUCUUGCAUAUGCCGAGCAGCAUGAGAGUGAUGAGGAGAAACAGUUCCGCAGAGUUUUCCAGCAGUUGGCUGGAGAUGACAUGGAAGUGAGCCCAACUGAACUGAUGAACAUUCUAAACAAAAUCAUUGGCAAACAUGGAGACCUCAAGACGGAUGGUUUUACAAUUGAGUCUUGCAGGAGCAUGGUGGCAGUCAUGGAUAGCGACAGCACUGGAAAACUUGGCUUCCAUGAAUUCAAACAUCUCUGGAAUAACAUCAAAAAAUGGCAGGGAAUAUACAGGGACCAUGAUUCAGACGGCUCUGGUUGUAUUUGUGCACAGGAGCUGCCCGAUGCUUUCAGAGCUGCUGGGUUUCCUCUCAGUGAGCAGCUGUUCCAGAUACUAAUUCGCAGAUACAGUGACGACAGCGGAAACAUGGAUUUUGACAACUACAUCGGCUGUCUCGUAAGGCUGGAUGCCAUGUGCCGUGCCUUUAAAACGCUGGAUAAGGAUAACAAUGGGACUAUCAAAGUCAACGUUCAGGAGUGGCUUCAACUGACCAUGUAUUCUUAAGUUCAGAAGAAUAUUCCUGCUUGGAAUCUUUGUUUUUAGAUGUUACUUCUAUAUACAUUUCAUGCACUUCUUAUCAACUCCUCAUUUUUUUUUAUUUCCCCCACACAUUUGUCUGUGAAUGUUAUUUUCAGAUCAAUGCAUGAUCACCAGAGCAUUGCUCUGCAACAGCUGUGCCACACUACUAAGGUAUAAACAAUGUAGUCAACCCAGGGAAGCACAAACAGUUUGCUGAAGACAACUUAGUUUGCCAAUGUGAUUGCGUGCUAAGUUUGUGUCAAAGUUUGUGUUUAACAAUCACUUUUAAUCUGCACCCAAGUCAAAAUGAAAUGUGAAGAGGGUGUCCAGUACAUGCACAUGAAUUUUAUAAACACUGUAAAAUGUAAAGUAGCAAGUCAUGAAAUUUUCAUUUUAUUCAACAAAUUUGAGGUUUUCAGUUUAAAAUGUGUAUGUUACACUUUUAAAAACUUUUUUCCAUUGUAUAUCAAGAGGCACAAAGCUGUCGAUUUUAGUACACUUCAUUUUUAAUUAAUUUUUAAUUUGUGACACAGCGGCAAGGUUUGAAGUAUAGCAAUAAGGUGGAAAAAUGCAUGAGCCUAUUUCAAUAUCAAAUCUGAUUACUAUCUUUGGUCACAAACUCAAAUCCUAGUCCACUGUGAUCUUAUUACUAAAAAGUUCCUGCUUAAGGGGGCGUCAACAUACAUGAUUGUCAGUUUAAAAUUUGAGACCCAAAUUUGCAAUUUCUAUGAAAAAAUGGUCAGUUUAUGUUGACGUGUUGCAGCAUUCUUAGUUUUUUGGGAUAUGAAUGUUAAAACAGCUGACGUUUCCAUUCAAUUCCAAUUCUUAGGGUGAUGAUUCUAUUGAAAAUCAGGUCUUGAUUCAACACGAUUCUCAAUUCUAAUUGAUUCUCACAAUAUAUAUUUUCUGGUAUAUAAACAACAAUAAAACCUUUUUAAAAACAGGUCACAAAAGCUCCCGUUGGCUGCAGUAUGCAACUAUAUUAAAUAUAAUUAUAAAAUAUAAUGAUAAAUAAAUGGACCAUCCUGCUUCUGUCUCUUGUAAAGUAAUUCGCAAGCAAUAAUGGAUUUUAGUUUGGAUUUUGGCUAUGUCGACAACUACUUAUGUUGACGUCAAUGAGCUAUCAGAGGGAUGUUGACAUAAACAGGAUCCACUGCAUAGAAUAAAGUGUUAUAAAAAAUAUAUACAUCAAUUCAUAGAGAGUAUAAUGUAAUGUAAUGUCACCUCAUAUUCAUAGUUUUAAAAUUUGAUUGACUGAAGGAGUUUGUUGUAUAACCAAGGUGUUUCACAUGUGGUUUUAAUUUGUUUAAAGAUACAAAGACAUGUUUUUUUUUUUUUAGACAGGUUGACAAUAUGCCAUUUUCUGUUCAGCAUUAAUGCGACAGGGCCACCUUUACCGCUUUUUAUGUUUACUAUUUGCUACCUGCACAUUUGGUGGAUAGUCUCCACCAGCAUAGUAUGUGAAAUCAUUAUAGGUGGCCACAUGUGUAUGCCACUAAUGCAUGCUGGCAAUAAUUAAGGUGCCUUUUUCAAAGUUGGUCAUUGUAGAUGUCGCCAAUUUAAACUGCUUGACAAACUAUGUAUUUGUGCUGUGUUGGGAAUAAAGAAGGUGUGGUCAUCA